UGUGUGAUGGAGGACUGGCCUCUGCACAGAAUGUGCACCUCCGAUGGGGACAACAAGGACCUUUUUGCCCUGGCUGCAACUCUGGUGAUCUGGGUGAUUGUGCCUGAGUGCAACAAGGCCAUGAUCCCUUAUUCUGGGCAACUGUUUGUGGCUCUGCUCUCCCAUGUUGUCAUCACCACACAGCAGAUGCCACCAGAGGAAGUUGAUAACUUCUGGAGUGCAUGCCAGGCGAAACACCGCCUUCCCUACGAGCCCAACAGGUUUGCAGUGCAGGCCAUGAAGGAUCUGCUCUGCCGACUGCAGUGUGACCAUGUGGUGGUGGCUAUGGAGCGCAAGGGUGGCUGGGACAUGAUGCUGUGUGCUCACACCCAGCACUAUGCCGUGGGUCUGCUGGCCAGGGAGAUGUGCAAUGUCUUGGUCCCCUUCUGUUCCUGCAUCACGCUCCACUUGCUCCGGCAGCUCAGCAGGGAGGAGCCGUGCUGGGAUCUACCUGCCCUGGCAUUCCUUGUGGAGCCCUGUGCGCUUCUGGGUUCCUGGUGGCUGGGUCCCCUGUCACUGCCCUGUGCCUUUCAGGUCCUCGAGCGCCUGGACAUGAGUAAAUGUGGUGGCAGCGUCCUGAAGAUCAUGUCAAGGUACCUCCGGAGUGAAUGCAGUCAGAGGCGUCACCUGGCGCUCAGAGGCCUCGUGGUGCUCAGCAAGGAUCCCUCGAUGGCCAGAAGAAUGUGCAGCGUGUCUCAAAGCCUUCUGCAGCUGCUGGGGGAUGAAGAUAGAGAGGUGGUCAGCAUGAGCCUCCGUGUGUUCACCAAUGUGCUCCAGCACAAAGACAUCCUGGUAUCCAGCACCACUGCCCCGAAGCUGGCUGAGGCUCUCCUGCUGCUCUUUGACCACGACAACAGCCAUGUGCAGUUGCUCUCCAUUCAACUCUUCUGUAAGGUGAUGGACUUGGUAGUGGAUGAGGGAAAAAAGUCCCUGAAGACAAUUGUGAACAAGAGCCUGGACACACUUUUCAUCUACUGUCAUGAUGAGAACUGGCACGUGGCAAAGGCCUCUCGGGAAACGCUGCAUUGUGCAGCCAAGUUUCUGAAGAGGAGAAAUCUCAAACAGCUCCUGGAGAAGGAGCAUCUGUGGAAGUUUGCUGAGGUCCUGUUUUGGUAG